AAGAUUCGUAAUUUUAAUAUGAAAUUAAUAUUUGUAGUAUUACUGCAGUUUAUAAUGUGUGAUUGGUUUGAAAAAAUUGCUAAACUCUUAAUAAACUGUCAUUCUCCUAUUAUUGUGAGUUUUUGUGUUGUAUCGGCACUGGUUUAAUCACCAACUGGCCAGUCAAUUCCUAUUAUUGGUUAUCACAAUAACAACUCUGUUACAAAUUUAAUGCUACUAGUGUUUCUGGUUGGAAAACAACUGUUUUGUUUAAAUAAUCUGCCUAUCAUUGAAAAUGUCAACUUCUUAAUGUCAACUUUAUGUAUAUUCAAUGGUACCUACAAAGAUGUGAAAUAAUAUUCCAAAAUUUCAACCAGACUUUUGUGUAUCGUGAAUAUAACAACAUGGUAUUGACACAUUUCAUAUUUUUGUUUGUGUUUUUCCUUAUUCAUAGCCACUCCAACGGACAAGACGUUUGUACUACUCCUGGUGGAACAGAGGGAAGCUGUAUUCCAGCACUAUCAUGCGAACCUUUAAGGACAGCCUUUAAAAACGUUAAACGGCCUUUGUCAGAUACAGCACGGAAACAAUUUGAGGCUUAUAUUUGCAAAGAAACACAUAAGGUAUGUUGUCCCAAGGAACCAAUAAUCAUAACAGAAUUAUCAGUCCGGACGUCCGACAAUGAUGAAAGUCCGACUGAAACUAUAACUGAUAUUACUAAACAUAAAAACUAUGGACUAUUGCCAACUGAUUGUGGUUUUGUGAAAGAUUCUUCCUACGUAUUCGACAUAAGAGUCGUAAAUGGAGAAGAUGCAGGUCUUUAUGAAUAUCCCUGGAUGAGUCUACUGAGUUUUAGAGUACCUGGUAAUAUAAGAAAGUUUAGAUGUGGUGGAUCAAUUAUUAACAAUAGAUAUAUCCUUACAGCAGCCCAUUGCUUGGAAGAUAAAUCCAAUCUGUUGGGUGUAAGAGUGGGUGAAUACAAUCUUUCCAACAAUGGUGCAGAUAAAGAUUGCGAUAUUGUGGAAUGCAAUGAUCCUGUCCAGGAUCUAGUAAUUGAAGAAAUUAUCUCACAUCCCAACUAUGAAUCCAAAGGAAAGAAAAAUGAUAUAGGUUUGUUAAGGGUUCAACAAAUCACUUUUAAUAAUAAAAACAUAAGGCCUGUGUGUCUUCCACGGACAAGUAAUGCUAAGUUUAAUCAACCAUCCGCAGAAGUCUCUGGCUGGGGUAUUACGAAAUUUGGUGGAAGGAUUAGUAAAGUGCUACAGAAAGCCUAUUUGAAAGUUGUAAAUCCCGUUGAGUGUCAAAAUUUUUACCAGGGUAAUUUAUCCACAGCUAUUGAUGAUACACGACUAUGCGCAGGUGGAAUUUUUCAAAGCAGUAAGUCCAAUGCUUGUACUGGGGACAGUGGCGGACCAUUACUGGUUCAAGAGGUGUCACCAGACAGAGAAAAAAAAUAUGUUCAACAUGGAAUUGUAAGUGCUGGUGUCACGAGAUGUGAUUUACCUUCACUGUUCACAAAAGUAGAUUACCAUUUGGAAUGGAUAUUGGAUAAUAUGCGGGCUUAAUAUAUUGUCGUAAAUAAUCUAGAUAGUGGUGAUCCAGAAUCCAGAUUACUAAAGAGAUGAUUUUUUCUUUGCCUCAGAUGGAAUGUGAUUUUUAGCAAUUUUUUUGGAACAACUCUUUUAUUGUGACAUUAUAAAAUUAAGAAAAAUUGUAUCUUUUUAAAUAAAGUCUACUAAAAAUUAAGCAGAA